AAUCAACUGCUCCAUUUUCUGCUGGCUCUCUUAUCACACUGUUAUGAGUUGUUAUCAAUAAAAACUCCCUCUACCCCUUUUUACCAUAAAUUACCAUUAUGCCCUCCCGCCGCCUCUUGUCCCCGCCGCCGGCGUCCCACCACAUCCUGCCGCCCCUCGCCGGCGGCCUGACUGCUGCCUUCUCCUGCCUCCUCCUCCUGAUCCUCUGCUUCCGCAGGAUUAGCAAGAAGCGCACCGCCCCUUCCGCCUCCGACACCGACUCCAAGAAACCCCCUCUCCGCCUCUCCUACUCCCUCCUCCGCCGCGCCACUUCCAAUUUUUCGCCCUCCCUCCGCCUGGGGCAAGGCGGCUUCGGCUCCGUCUACCGCGCCGACUUCAAGCAGGGCUACAACUUCGCUAAAGAUUCGGGCUUUACUCUCUCCCACGGCGCCGUCAAGCUCAUGGAUUCCGGGUCUUUGCAAGGUGAGCGUGAGUUUCAGAAUGAAUUGCUUUUUUCUUCCAAGAUCGACUGUAAAUACGUUGUUUCCGUUGUGGGUUUCUCGUCGAGUCCCAAAAAGCGUCGGAUGCUUUUAGUUUAUGAGCUUAUGGAGAACGGUAGCUUGCAAGAUUGCCUUUUUCAUAAGAAGAGUGAGGAGUUGAAAAAUUGGGAUAAGAGGUUUAUGAUUGCUCUCAAUAUAGCAAAGGGGUUGGAGUAUCUGCACCACUAUUGCGAUCCGCCGAUUAUUCAUGGCGAUAUUAAGCCCAGUAAUAUUCUUUUAGAUGCUAGUUUUAAUGCUAGGAUUGGUGAUUUUGGGUUAGCGAGGUUCAAGGCUGAGGAUAAUGUUAUUGUGGAAGGUGAGGUGAAAAAGGAGGGGAGUUUGGUUGAUGAUAAUGGAUCUGUGAUGGAGGAGACGGAGAGUGUUAUCACCACGACCGGAUUCGAGGAAGGUAUCAAUGCACAUAAUCUGGUUGGUGCUGAUAGCACACCUGAAAGUGUGAUUGUUAGGGUUGAGGCUUCGCCUGAGGCCGUGUCAGUGGUUGAGAUGUCGCCGGAGAUGGAAGCAGCCCCUGUGGUGUCUCCUAGGACAGUGGCUGCAAUGGCUUCGCCUUCCGAUGGAUUGGAUAAGACUAGUGUCUCUGAGGGGAACUUUGAUAGGUUUAGCGCUGACAGCGGAGGUGAGAGGAGUAGGUGGAAGAAGAAGAAAAAGAAGAGCGUUUCAGGGAAAGAUUGGUGGUGGAAGCAAGAUACAGGGGUGGAUGUGGAAUCAGGAAAGGUUAAGGAUUAUGUGAUGGAGUGGAUUGGGAAUGAGAUCAAGAAGGAGAGGCCGAAAAGUGACUGGAUUGGUGGGGCAUCAUCGAGUUCUAAGGUUGUGGGGAAAAUGGAAAAGAAGAAGAAGAAACGUAGGCAGUUGGACUGGUGGGUCUCGUUAGAUGAUGAAAAGAAUGUGAAGAAAGAGAGGAGAAGGCCUGCAAGGGAGUGGUGGAAGGAGGAAUACUGUGAAGAGUUGGAGAGGAAGAAAAAGAAGAAGAAAAAGAAGAAACAAGCUCAAGGGUCCAUGAGUGAUGAUUGUUAUAAUGAGAAUGGGUGGCCGAGAGAUGAUGAGCGGUAUGCUGAUGGGAAGAAGAAAAGGAGCCGGAGCAGGAGUAGAAGCAGGGGUAGCAGGGGAAGCAUGGACUGGUGGUUGGAUGGAAUCAGCGGUGAGCUUUGGCGAGCAAGGAAGAACAGUUUUGAUUCUGUUAGUGGGGAGAUACCGAAGAGUGGUGGCAUUAGUAGCACGCCAAGUAUGAGAGGAACUGUUUGCUACAUUGCACCAGAGUAUGGCGGUGGUGCUGAUGUAUCUGAGAAGUGUGAUGUCUAUAGUUUUGGGGUUCUCUUAUUAGUUCUGAUUGCUGGACGUAGACCACUUCAGGUGACGGGAUCCCCAAUGUCGGAGUUCCAAAGAGCCAAUCUCCUGUCAUGGGCACGGCAUCUUGCCCGUGCUGGGAAGCUUCUUGAUUUGGUUGAUAAAAAUAUCCAGUCUUUUAAUAAAGACCAAGCCUUGCUAUGCAUCACGGUGGCCCUUCUCUGCCUGCAGAAAUCUCCUACUCGCCGGCCUUCAAUGAAAGAUGUAGUGGGGAUUCUGACUGGAGACCUAGUGUCCCCUCAGCUACCGGUUGAAUUUUCACCUUCCCCUCCUUCUCGAUACCCAUUCAAAUCUCAGAGGAAGGUCCGGUGAGUGGCAGUUUAUGAUCUCAUCCAUGAAGUUUUAAGUUGUAGAUUGUUGUUUGACUGAUUUCUGUAAAGAAAAGAAACUAUUAAAUCAUGAAUGCAUCACUAAAUUUUAACUCUUCCA